CGCCCACGUCGGGCCGCGCCCUGGGGACCCCCGCCGCAGCGCCAUGGCCUCGGAGUCGGUGAAGGUGGUGGUGCGCUGCCGCCCCAUGAACCAGCGGGAGCGGGAGCUGAACUGCCAGCCUGUGGUGACGGUGGACUCCGCGCGCGGCCAGUGCUUCAUCCAGAACCCGGGCGCCGCCAACGAGCCGCCCAAGCAGUUCACCUUCGACGGCGCCUACUACAUGGACCACUUCACCGAGCAGAUCUACAACGAGAUCGCCUACCCGCUGGUGGAGGGUGUCACUGAGGGCUACAAUGGCACCAUCUUCGCUUAUGGCCAGACGGGCAGCGGGAAGUCCUUCACCAUGCAGGGCCUGCCAGACCCAUCUUCGCAGAGAGGCAUCAUCCCCAGGGCCUUCGAGCACGUUUUCGAGAGUGUCCAGUGUGCAGAGAAUACCAAGUUCCUGGUCCGGGCCUCCUACCUGGAGAUCUACAAUGAAGAUGUCCGUGACCUUCUGGGGGCUGACACCAAGCAGAAGCUGGAGCUGAAGGAGCACCCGGAGAAGGGGGUGUACGUGAAGGGGCUCUCCAUGCACACGGUGCACAACGUGGCCCAGUGCGAGCACAUCAUGGAGACGGGCUGGAAGAGCCGCUCGGUGGGCUACACGCUGAUGAACAAGGACUCCUCCCGCUCCCACUCCAUCUUCACCAUCAGCAUCGAGAUCUACGCCGUGGACGAGCGGGGCAAGGACCAUCUCCGUGCUGGCAAGCUGAACCUGGUGGACCUGGCAGGCAGCGAGCGGCAGUCCAAGACGGGUGCCACAGGGGAGCGGCUCAGGGAGGCCACCAAGAUCAACCUGUCGCUGUCGGCUCUGGGCAACGUCAUCUCGGCCCUGGUGGACGGGCGCUGUAAACACAUCCCCUACCGGGACUCGAAGCUGACGCGGCUGCUGCAGGACUCGCUGGGUGGCAACACGAAGACGCUGAUGGUGGCCUGCCUGUCACCCGCAGACAACAACUAUGACGAGACGCUCAGCACACUGCGCUAUGCCAACCGGGCCAAGAACAUCAAGAACAAGCCACGUAUCAACGAGGACCCAAAGGAUGCCCUCCUGCGCGAGUACCAGGAGGAAAUCAAGAAGCUGAAGGCGAUCCUGGCCCAGCAGAUGAGCCCCAGCAACCUGUCAGCCCUGCUGUCCAGUCAGGCCCCCCUAAACCCUGUCCAGAUUGAGGAGCAGCUGGUGCCCCCACCUGUGAUCCAGUCUGACACAGAGGCCGAGAAGCAGCUGAUCAGGGAGGAGUACGAGGAGCGCCUGGCCCGGCUGAGGGCCGACUAUGAGGCGGAGCAGGAGUCCAGGGCCCGGCUGGAGGAGGAUAUCGCUGCCAUGCGCAGCUCCUACGACGUGAAGCUGUCCACGCUGGAGGAGAACCUGCGAAAGGAGACAGAGGCUGUCCUCAAGGCAGAGGUCCUCAAGGCGCAGGGCACAUCCAGGGCUGAGUUUGCCAACAGGUCUGAGUGCUCCCCCACGUUCCCCUCCGAGAUGGCCGUGAAACCUGGGAUCCACUCCAUGCUGCACACCCUGCCCGGCGGGGAUGUCUCCAAGACUGAGCUUUCUCCCGGGUUCGAGGAGCUGCCCGCGGCGGAGACUUCCAAGUCUGAGGUGUCUCUGGGGUCUGAUGAGUCUUCCACGCUCGAGGAAACCUCCAUGUCCGAAGCCUACCCGGGGCCCCAGGAGCCUUCCGACGUGGAGUUCUCCGUGCCUGAGGCGGAGGCCCCGAGCAGCUACCUCCCAGAGCCGCACCUCAGCCCGGAGGCCACGGAAGCCCUGCCGCAGGCCGGACCCGUCCAGCUGGCAGCCCUGGGGCUGUUGCCCAGCCUGCACGACCCGUUUGCCGAGGUGGAAGCCAAGCUGGCCAGGCUCUCCUCCGCAGUGGCCGGGGCCGAGGCGCUCGAGGCCGGCGCACCCAGGCUCUGCACACAGCACCCCUCCCUGAAGGAUCUGCUGGGGCCUGGUGUCCUUAGGGCUGAAGCUGAGACAGCUGACUGCCUCCUGCCCAGGGCUAAAGUACAAGAGGCUACGGGGAAUGAGAGGAAGGCUUUAAAUCUACCCACAUGUGCGGAGAGAGAAAACUGCCUCCUAGCCUCUGGACGGGAUCCCUGGGAGGUUGACCAGGGCCCAGAAGUGGCCGAGGAGUUGGUGUUGGCAGCAGAGCCUGGCGUAGGGGCCGAGGCUGAGGCCCAGGUGGCCUUGGAGGCUCAGCCUCAGCCCUUGCUGGCCACGACCAGUGUGAGAAGGGACAGUGUGGGCGUGGAGGUGGCCGUGCUGACCGAGGACCUGCUGCCUGUCGUGGACCAGCAGCAGGUGCUUGCCCGUUUGCAGCUGUUGGAGCAGCAGGUGGUGGGGGGGGAGCAGGCCAAGAACAAGGACCUGAAGGAGAAGCACAAGCGGCGGAAGCGGUACGCGGACGAGCGCAAGAAGCAGCUGGUGGCGGCCCUGCAGAACUCGGACGAGGACGGCGGCGACUGGGUGCUGCUCAACGUCUACGACUCCAUCCAGGAGGAGGUGCGGGCCAAGAGCAAGCUGCUGGAGAAGAUGCAGAGGAAGCUGCGGGCAGCAGAGGUGGAGAUCAAAGACCUGCAGUCGGAGUUCCAGCUGGAGAAGAUCGAUUACUUAGCCACCAUCCGCCGGCAGGAGCGGGACUCCAUGCUCUUCCAGCAACUCCUGGAGCAGGUGCAGCCCCUCAUCCGCCGGGACUGUAACUACAGCAACCUGGAGAAGAUAAGGCGCGAGUCCUGCUGGGACGAGGACAAUGGCUUCUGGAAGAUCCCCGAGCCCAUCAUCAUAAAAACCAGCCUCCCAGUAGCAGUUCCAACAGGGCCACAGAACAAAGUAGUCCGCAAAACCUCUGCAGCUGACAACGGUGAACCAGGCACGCAGGAAGAAGACCGCUACAAGCUGAUGCUCAGUCGGAGCGACAGUGAAAACAUUGCCAGUAACUACUUCCGGUCCAAGCGAGCCAGCCAGAUCCUCAGCACGGAUCCCAUGAAGAGCCUCACGCAUCACAGCUCGCCCCCCGGCCUCAGCUCCCCACUCAGCAACACCUCUGCCAUCUCGCCUACCCAGGCCCCCGAAAUGCCCCAGCCCCGGCCCUUCCGCCUCGAGUCCCUUGACGUCCCCUUCACCAAGGCCAAGCGAAAGAAAAGCAAAAGCAGCUUUGGCAGUGAGCCUCUGUGAACGCGGCCUCCUGCGGCUGUCCUGCCCCAGGGUUUCCGUGAGACUGCCAGCCCCCACCCCCCCAGGGCAGCCCCAGCCAGUCCUCCUCACCCCUGCCCCCACGGUGUCCGGAUGCCCGAGGGGGUCCUUGCCCUGGGAAGAGCCUUGCCCUUCCCUGUUACCCGACCUUGCAGAGGUGCGCUCCGGCUCUCCAUGCCACGCCAGUAUUACAUCUGCUCCCCUGCCACAGCCCGCCAUGCCCACCCGGGUUAUUCUGUGCCUCAAUGGGCCCAGAAACCUCAAGGCAUUCACCAGCAGCCCCGACAGAGUGGGCAGCAGCUUCCAUGUGGAUCAAGGACAGCAUCUUGGUGAUGGACAAUCGUGUCUCUGUCCACCAGGGCCCCCUUCCUGGGGAAAGCUGGACGAUGUGGGCGCGGGAGUCCUGGGGCAACUGUUCCACGCUGCCCACUCCCAGCUGGUCUGUGGCCUCGAGGAGGCUGCCCCACAUGAUGCUGCCCCAAUAAACUGCCUUUUACCGAUGAGCUCCCUUCCCCAGUCCUCUGACCGUGUCACUGGGGCCCCUCCUGCCACUGCUGCCUGGCCUUCACGGGGAAGCGCUUUGGGAGCAGCGUUUCUUAACUACCCGAUGCCUUGAAAACAGGCCGCAGGGUUUCUGCAACUCCCCACACUGGUGAGUACAAGUGCAUUUUUCUGGGGAGAGCACCUGAGCUGUCAUUAGCUUCUCAAAAGAUCUGUGAGUCAGAAAAGCAGAGCCCUUGUUUUGGAAAAUAGAGAUUGUGUCUUGCUGAGACCCAGAAAAAGGCCAGGUUCGGACAGUCCUCAGGGGGCUGUGCUGGAACUGGAUGCCCUGACGUGGCCAGAAAUGAACGAAAGCUGUCUGGGCUACUGAGGAUACACCCCUCCCCCCGCCCUUCGUAUCCCAGGCCUCACCAUCUGAGGGAAGAGUCUCGGCCUUUGGUUGAAGAGGAGACUCAUUUCACUCUGGGCCCCAUCUGUGAAAGGGGAACAGCUGCUCCCUAGAGCUAUUGUGAAGUUUCUAUGAGAGUAAGUGAUGCUCCCAGUACAUAGCAGGUGCCUUGCGUUAGUCCCCCUUGUUCCUUCUCCUCCGUAUUUUGCAUUAAUUUACCGUGGUGGAUCCCAUAGGCCACAUGCCUGGACCAAGCUCAUGCCCUGGAGAUCAGUCUAACUUCAGGCAGGCUGCAGUACCCAUGUUGAGAGGAAGAACAGGUCUUUAUGGGGAACAGAGUGCCCUUGUGAAAGGUAGGGCUAUUAUAAAGGAUGGAGAAGAUCCUGGGAGGCUUAAGAUGGGAAUGGAGGGGGGCAUGAGCAAAGGCAGGAGGUGGGGAGUGUGUUAAAGUUUGGAAACUUGCCACAGGGAAGCCCUGAGCAGGGCUGAGAGGAGGAUGUGGCUGCUGAGAUCAGUUUCAGUGGAAGCCUGAGUGAGGAGUCUUGGGUGUCCCUGAGCUGUGGCAGACUCCAAAGCCACCAAAUGGCACCAUUGGGUCUGAGUUCCAGGUGGACUGGUGUGGGAUCAUAUGCAGAAGGGCAGGAGCGCUGGACUGGGGAACGAGGUAGGGGUGAGGCUGAACUCGCAGUGGGGCCAGUGGAGAUGGAGAGGAGGUAGAAUCAGUUAAGGAGAUGGAUGGAGGGAGGUUUUGACUUUUGCCCCCACAUUCCUGGCUUCGUGGACAAGUGUGAAAGGUCAGAAAGGAACAGCUACCUACUCUCUCCACAAUUACCUUCACCAUUUGCCCCAGGAUUGUGGUUGGGACCCAGGGAGUAACUGAAAUCUUGGUGCUGCUUGUGGUAGGUUUUACUCAGACCCAUGGUGGGGCUGAGGUAAGCCCCAUCAAUUUAGAAGGGGUGGGAGCCAGGAUUACUGAGGGGACGCUCAGCCUCACUCUGCACCAACUGCUUCAGAACCUGCCCUACAGCUCCCACGAGCCCAGGCUUUUCCAAAGGCACGCAGGUAAGUGGGAGAGCUGGGCUUCGCUAUCGUUUCUAUUUCCAGCCUAGGAGUGGGCCCGGAGAGACGUGAAAUGCCCUAGCAGCAAGGUUAGUGCGAGGGAGGGGGUGAGAAAUGAACCCAGCCUGAGAGUUUCAGUCGGUAGGCCGGCUCGCCGCCCAUCCACGCUGGCUCCCACGUGGGCCGCCAGGCCGGGCAGGACAGGCCCGUCCCCAGGCCCCUGGGCCCGUGAGCGGCAGGAGAUUAAAGGGUCCCUCAUCUUAGUUUUCCAACCCUUCCUCCCUGGAGAUGGUGGAGGUGGGGCCAGGUUCUUAGUCCCGAGUCUAUCCUGGGCCUGGGAGGACCCCGCCAUGCAGCACCGAGGAAGUAGUCCGUGGGGGCCACUACGGCCCCAGGUCCCGUGGGGGACUUGCCGGACCGAUGAAGAGGCGGGAUACAGAUCGGGACGGGAGUCCGGCCUGGGCGGAGCCUACGGGCGCUCGGCCUUGUUGAUUGGCUGCGGCUGCGGAGCUGUCU